ACGAUCGUAGCUACGAUAUUGCGUCAAUGCCGAAACGCUCUUACGAAAUUCUUGCAUCGAAUUAAUUAGAAAUAUUUCUGCCUGUUACAGUAGCGCCAACAUGCGGGAGAAAAGGUGGCUUCUGCUCGCUCUGUAUGGAAUUCUGUUGACCAACGCAGUUUCAGCCGAACGAAAGCCUACCAGGCCGAAAUUCAAGAUCGCGACAACUUCCACGUCGACGACCACAAGCAGCACCACCGAAGACAGCCACGUCCGCGAGAAUGAAAACGAAGAUACGGAGACGAUCACAACGGUGGCCAGCGAAACGAACGCGACGACUGGACACGUCCUCACAGGAAUCCCGCAGAUCGAUUACAUCUGGGACCCAAAUCUGCCUCGUGAACUGAACGGCUACAAUCUCAGCGAUUAUCCGUUUUACAACAGCAUACCGGAGGACAUCGACUUUAAAUGCGAUGGUCUUCACGAUGGCUUUUACGCAAGCGUGCCUCACAAAUGCCAGGUGUACCACCACUGCCUUUUCGGAACGAGAUACGACUUCCUGUGCGCGAAUUUCACGGCGUUCGACCAAAAGACCUUCAUCUGUCACUUCGUCUCCGAAGUCGACUGCGCCAAUUCGAAGAAAUACUGGCACAGGAACGAUGCCCUUUACAAGGCCACUACAACGUCCACAACAUCCACGUCGACGACAACUACCGUGGCACCGGUAACAGCCGCCGCAGGACGUCAGCUACCGAGGGACAGAGAUCUUCCAAGAAGAAGAAGACCCUUCAGAAGACGGCCAGCGUACGAUUACUACGACGAAGAAUAUUACGACGACGAUUAUAGUCGUCCACGUGGCUACAGCAGAGACGACUACGACUACGACGAUCGAAAGUACAGAAGAGACAGAGAUCGUGACUUCAGAGAUCGGGAUCGUGACUUCCGAGACAGAGACGUUCCAAGGUCUCGGGAAGGAAUCCCCAGGGACGACAGAGAUCGUGACGCGAGCGCCAGGGAUCGGUAUCCGCCUAGAAACAACAGAAGAGACCCUACUAGGGCGAGAGAUCCUCUCGAGGAAGAUACAAGAGUCAGAUCUAGAGAUCCCGAUCAAGGAUCAAGGUCCGCGUCUAGAGAACUCGACGACACGGAAUUGGACGAUCGACGAACCGAGUCGAGGCUUAGAGACACCGACGAUCGUCGGUACUCCGAUAAAAGGUAUAGAGACGAUUACGACGAUAAAGAAGCUGGUUCUCCGCCUUCAGGCGCGACUGGAAACUCGGAUGGCUUGGUAAAGCCUGCAGCACCUGCAACAUCGGUCUACGCAAGACCGAGAACUCCUCCGAAAAUUCGAAGACCCGUGCCGCUUUCCGAACAGGACAGAUACGCGUACAAAGCUACAGCUGUUCAAUCGACCGAAGAACCUCGAAGAAGACCGGUGGACGUCGCAGAUGAUGACUAUUACGAAGACGAGUUAGAAGAUGUGAGGCCGGUUCGAAGACCACUGAGAAGGAGACCAGCUUAUAGAGACAGGGAUCGAGACUUCUAUGACACCAUAGAAAGGGAUAGGGGCCGACCCUACAGAACUCGAUAUCGGGACGACGAAGACGACCUGCGAUCGAGAAAACACUCGGAUCGCUCGAGAGAUCGCUACUACGAUCGAGAUAGGGAUCGGGGUGUAGAACGUGGAAGGGAUCGAUCCCUCGAUCGUGGAAAGGAUCGUAACGCGGAGAGACCACCGGAUCGUGAUCGAGGAAGAAUGCAAGACACGGACAAGCCAGAAAGACCGCAUCGACCUCAAGAUAAAGAACGCGAGCCAGAUCGUUCUAGGACGGGUUCAAGAUCCAAGGAUUUACAAGAAACUACAGACUCGGCCAGAAGAGGCAAUGGUUACGAUCGCACGGAAAGGACCACUACCACUACGACGACUACCACGUGUUUGCCCGAACAGCUCGUUCAUAAAGCAGAAUCAAUUUCGAAAGAACCCACGAACGAUAGACAAGCUUUUGCCGAAAAACAAGCAAAAUCUGCGCAGACUCAAACAACGCGAACGCCGAUCGAGGAUGGAGAAUCGUAUCGAACGAAUCAGCAGUCGGAUUACCAAGAACGAGAUCAGGACGAAAAGCGUGAUCGUGGCCAUUAUCAUACCGCGUCGUUGGAGGAAUACUCGCAAGAUUAUUACGACGAACCGGAAGAUCCACCCGCUCCACCACCAAGAACCACGGUUCGCAUCGUUAAACGACCCUUCUUACCAUCUAGAGGCGGGAACCCUAAUCCAAGAGGCUUGUCUCCGGUCGGUGUGAAAGCUACCACGUCUAAGAAGGAAGAGGACAGACCGACUGAAAGGACAAACGUUCAGGAGAGAGGAAAAAAUUAUUACGUGCAUGAGGCAACGCAGGACAAUCUCGAGGAAUCUAAUCAAGAGCCUAAAACGCAACAAGAGGAGAACGAAAAUCACGAUACGUACAGGAACGUUCAAACAGAGAGUCAGCAUGGAUAUAACGACGAAUAUGAUACAUCUAUAGCGAGACCUGCGAUUAGAAGGCCGACUGAGAGACAAAGGGAAGAAGAACAACAAAAGACUAUAAGCGAUGCGUUUGUUCGGACAUCCAAGCAGGAACAAAUAGAAAAUGAACAGAACUUUGGAGGACUAGCCAAAUGGCCCACCGAGGAAUUUUCCAAUCAGCAGAGUAACGAAGGAAACGUGCAGAUCUCGGGUUCGUUCCGUAACAAGGGCCGAUUAACCGUAACCGAAAACUCAAACGUUUACGGGUCUACCUUUAAAAACGACGAAGCUGAGGAGCAACCAACAGGACCUCAGAGUUACAGAGUGAAACAAAGGCUGAACGAGGUGACGCAUCGUUUGCAGGAUAUCCCGGAAAGCGAGUACGACGUCACUUUGAACGACGCAUUAACGCCUACGCUGAAUCAGGAGGCAAACUUGCCCAGUGGAUUCGUUCUACCUCUUCACCGACAACUAGGAAGAGACGCGGUUCUACAAUCAUCCGAGAAUAAUUACAAAGUUUCCAGGCCCGUGAAUCAACAGCAGCAGAAGCCAUUCGUUUCUAAUUCACAAUUUUUGCCAGCAGUUAGCAACAACGACAGACUGAGAACCGUAUAUUACAGAACGCCCGAAACGAUUCAGAUCGGUGGAGCGCAAUAUAGGCCGCAAAGAGGAUCAUGGCACGAUUACACCGGCUACUGAAACAAAUACUAACGACGAAGAAAUCUUGACAGAAAGCUUUGGAACGUUAGGAAAUCGGUCGAUUCGGGCACGUUUCGUCGAUCGAACGUUUCAAGGAACAAUCUUUUACAGAAGCUAACUUCCUUUCAGAAUAAAGGAAUUUAUUAGACCCUUGGUCGUGUGGUCAAACUUUUCGAUGUCUUUCAUAGGAGGGGAUAGGAAAGCGGAUGGUUUUCGUGUAUUAGAUCUUGAAAGUAGAGAACGAAUAUCCGAAUAAUCAAACUACUACGCAGAGAGGCGAGCAAAUAUCGAGCACAGUUAAAGCAAAUCAUCACGAAUCCAGAAAUUAAUGACCUUUUAUUCGACCGAAUGAUCGAAAAACUAUCACUGUCCAAAAUAGCUUUUAGCAUUAGUAUCGACGACGUUAAAUUCAUUCUUCCCUGUAGUAGUUUUUCAAAAACUAUGUUUUAAAUAUUAGCCACUUAUUAACUAGCUUAACUUAUUAGCUGUUCAACUAUUUUUAUUUUAUUAACUGUCACAGUAUAAAUCUCUGAUCGAAGAUGUAAAUUACAACGGUUUCUACUUUCGGCUAAUCUUGUAAAUAUGCGCACGAUUAUUCACUAUUCCUUCGGAUUAAAUUAUUACUCCCAGUGCGAUGAUACGCGUGUAAACAGUUUUCUACGAAAGCACAUUCGUCGUCUCGAUUUUCUUUUCGACAAUAGUAGCAAGUAAGUUUUCUCGAGUAUGCAUUUUAUCUUUAAUGUAAUGUAAAUUAUACCAGUCUUGACGUACGAUAUUAAAGAGUGACAAAACGUAUAAAUCUAA